AUGUCUUUAGAACAAUAUGUUUCGGAUCAAGCAGUUGCACUUUUAGGGAUGUCAGAACCUUCAGUUGUAGAGUAUAUAAUUGCUGAAGCUUCUCAUUCACAUAGCUCUCAGGAGCUGUUUCGGAAAUUAGUGGGAUUUGGCAUGGAGGAAGCUGAUUCCAAAGUGCAUGAGUUUGCUCAUUCUCUGUAUUCUAGGAUACCAAAAAAUAAAGGAAAGACAUCAGACGACGCAUACAAUUACAGAAAAAAGCGACAGAGAGAGAUUCUGCAAAUGGAGAAUCAGAAUGCAAAGUACGAACUGCUAUUAGAGCCUCAACAAGCAGAGCGGUCGAGCAGGUUACCGCCUUCGGACUCGAAGAAGCGUAAGGAAAGACGCAAGGAGCAUAAACGGGAUAUAUUAAGACGCAAGCAUGAUGAUGACGAAUGGCAAAGUGAUGAGUAUGAAGAGGAAGAAGAAAUCUCGAAUACUGCAACCAACCAGGAGGAGAAGCUAUCUGAAAAAAAGCAAUCACCUGAAGCUAAUUUUACUAUCAAAAAUAAUGAGGAAGAUGAACGAAUGCAUGACUUGAGAGAGAGAGAAGAGUUUGAGGAGCGAUUAAGGCAAAGAGACUUGACGACUUCAACUCGAGAUUUAGUUGAAGAUUACUCUUCAAAGCUCUCUUCGGAAGAAGUUGCUUUAAGAAACCUUGCGGAUGAUCCAGACUCUCGAGAACGACUGGCUGCGGAACUACGUAAAAAGUCUCGCCAGCACUAUUUGAAGCCAAGAGCACAACAGCAGUUGGAGCUUUUGGGAAGAGAGAUUCAAGAUGAAGAACUUUUAUUUGCUGAUGAACAAUUAACAAAACGAGAAAUCUUUGAGUUGGAAAAGAAAAAGGAGCUAUUAAGGAUUGCUGAAGAGCGCAUGAACUUGAAUGCGCAAGCUGCCGAAUAUCGGAUGCCCGAAGAUUACUUCACUGAACAAGGGAAAUUAGAUAGAAGGCGAAAAGAGGCUGUCUUGCACCAACGCUACACGGAUGCUAACGACGAGCGUCAGCCUGCUACCCCCUUUGGUGCUGCCGAACAAGCCCAAUGGGAGUCUCAACAAAUCUCAAAAGCUCUCGUAUAUGAAGAUAAUAUGAAAGCUCCCACUCAAGAAAAACAAUUUGAUUAUGUUUUUGACGAUUCACAAAAGAUCGACUUUCUUUUAGAGUCCAACAUGCCUGGUAAAUCUGAGUCAGGCGCCGAAGCAUCUGCACCUGUACUUUCACCAGCCGAAAUAAAGGCGAUUUCAAUGGAGGAGUCCAGAAAAUCUUUGCCUGUUUACAAAUUCAAGGAUGAUUUGCUAAAGGCAAUCGAAGCUUACCAAGUUUUGUUGGUAGUAGCAGAGACAGGUUCAGGAAAGACUACCCAGUUGCCGCAGUUUCUACAUGAUGCCGGAUAUACCAAAAACAACAAGAAAAUUUGCUGUACGCAGCCACGUCGCGUAGCCGCUAUGUCUGUUGCUGCUCGUGUAGCUAAUGAAAUGGAUGUUCGAUUGGGCCAAGAAGUUGGAUAUACCAUUCGUUUUGAAAAUAACACUUCUGAAAAAACGGUAAUAAAGUAUUUGACUGAUGGAAUGCUUUUACGAGAGUUUCUGACUGAGCCAGAUCUUGCUAGUUACUCAGUUAUAAUUAUAGAUGAAGCACAUGAAAGAACACUUCACACUGAUAUCCUAUUUGGUCUCGUGAAGGAUAUUGCUCGAUUUCGCCCUGAUCUAAAAGUCCUGGUUUCUAGUGCUACUAUUGAUGCAGCCAAGUUUUCUUCCUAUUUUGAUGAGGCGCCUGUCUUUUAUAUUCCUGGUCGGCGGUUUCCUGUUGAUAUUUAUUAUACCCCUCAGCCAGAGGCAAACUAUAUACAAGCAGCUAUAACUACAAUUUUGCAGAUUCAUACAACUCAACAGGCCGGCGAUAUAUUAGUCUUUUUGACUGGUCAAGAUGAAAUAGAAAUUAUGUCUGAAAACAUUCAAGAACUGUGUAAGAUUUUAGGGAAGAGAAUCCCUGAAAUCAUUCUUUGCCCAAUUUACGCUAAUUUACCCUCGGAGUUGCAAGCGAAAAUAUUUGAGCCUACACCGUCUGGUGCACGGAAGGUUGUUUUGGCUACAAAUAUUGCAGAAACUUCUAUUACUAUUGAUGGAGUGAAUUAUGUAAUCGAUUCCGGAUUCGUUAAGCAAAAUGUGUAUAAUCCGAGAACAGGAAUGGAAAGCUUAGUUUCUGUUCCCUGCUCUCGUGCAUCUGCUGAUCAGCGUGCUGGACGUGCUGGUCGAGUUGGACCCGGUAAAUGUUUUCGUCUUUAUACUCGCUGGACUUACAACAAUGAGCUUGAUAUGGUCACGUCUCCGGAAAUCCAAAGAACUAAUUUAACCAAUAUUGUAUUACUUUUAAAGUCAUUGGGAAUCAAUAAUUUAUUGGAUUUUGAUUUUAUGGAUUCACCACCUCCAGAAACAUUGAUGCGAUCAUUGGAGCUUUUAUAUGCACUCGGAGCUCUAAAUAAUCGAGGCGAACUCACAAAGCUGGGAAGACAAAUGGCAGAAUUUCCUACGGACCCAAUGCUUUCUAAAUCGUUGAUAUCAUCCGCUAAUUAUGGAUGUGUUGAAGAAGUCCUUUCUAUAAUAGCUAUGUUGGGUGAAUCUGCUUCGUUAUUUUAUCGACCAAAAGAUCGUAUCAUGGAGGCUGACAAAUCUAGAAUGAACUUUGUACAACCAGGUGGUGAUCACUUAACUUUGCUUCGUAUAUGGAAUGAAUGGGUAGAUACAGAUUUUUCCUAUCAGUGGUCACGAGAAAACUUUCUACAGUAUAAAAGUUUAUGCAGAGCUCGUGAUGUGCGAGAUCAGCUCGCAAACCUCUGCAGUCGUGUUGAAAUUGAAUUGACUAGUAAUUCUGCAGACUCACUGAUGCCAAUUCAAAAGGCGAUAACCGCUGGAUAUUUCUCUAAUGCAGCACGAUUAGAUCGUACAGGUGAUUCAUAUAGAACUGUUAAAAGCAACCAAACGGUAUAUGUUCAUCCAAGUUCUACUAUGGUUGAAAAGAAACCGAAAAUUAUUAUUUAUUAUGAACUUGUCUUGACGAGUAAAGAGUACUGUCGACAAGUUAUGCAGAUCCAGCCAGAGUGGUUAUUGGAAAUUAGUCCUCAUUAUUUCAAGCCUGAGAAUAUCGAGGAAAUGUACAAAAGCAAAAAAAGAAGAUGA